CCCUCCCCUCUUCCGGGCCGCGAGCCCCCCGCGCGCCGCUUCAGAGCCGCGUUCGCUCGCUCGCUCGCGCGCGCCCACCAGCCCGCCCUCUCAGCGCGCGCUCGGCCGCCCGACGACGCGGGAGCCGCACGCGCCAGACUAGGCUCGCCGCGCUCACUGCCGCCGAGCGCCGGCCCGCUGAGGCGGCGCCCUCGGUUCCCGGCCAGGAGGGAAUCUGUGGCCCCAGAGCGGAGGCGGCGGCGGGAAAGAUGAAGAACGAAAUUGCUGCCGUAGUCUUCUUUUUCACAAGGCUAGUUCGAAAACAUGAUAAGUUGAAAAAAGAAGCAGUCGAGAGGUUUGCUGAGAAAUUGACUCUAAUACUUCAAGAAAAAUAUAAAAAUCACUGGUAUCCGGAAAAACCAUCAAAAGGACAGGCCUACAGAUGCAUUCGUGUCAAUAAGUUUCAGAGAGUUGAUCCUGAUGUCCUGAAAGCCUGUGAGAACAGCUGCAUUUUGUACAGUGACCUGGGCUUGCCAAAGGAACUCACUCUAUGGGUGGACCCAUGUGAGGUGUGCUGUCGGUAUGGAGAGAAAAACAACGCAUUCAUUGUUGCCAGCUUUGAAAAUGAGGAUGAGAACAAGGAUGAGAUUUCCAAGAAAGUGACCAGGGCCCUUGAUAAGGUUACCUCUGAUUAUCAUUCAGGGUCCUCUUCUUCAGAUGAAGAAACAAGUAAGGAGGUAGAAGUGAAACCCAAUUCAGUGGCUGCGACCCCUAGCCCCGUGUACCAGAUUUCAGAGGUGAUAUUCCCACCUCUUCCAAUGUGGCACCCUUUACCCAGAAAAAAGCCAGGAAUGUACCGAGGGAAUGGUCAUCAAAGUCACUACCCUCCUCCUGUUCCAUUUGGUUAUCCAAAUCAGGGAAGGAAGAAUAAACCAUAUCGCCCAAUUCCAGUAACAUGGGUACCUCCUCCUGGAAUGCAUUGUGACCGGAAUCACUGGAUUAAUCCUCACAUGUUAGCACCUCACUAGCUGCUUUGAUUCUGUUGGUGUCAUGUUGAGAGAAGGUAGAAUAAGCCUGACUGCAUAUUAAAAGUUCAUAUUCAAAGUAGUAAAGUUAGAUGGGCUAAACCAUCAAACUUAUUUUUAUAGAGAAGUUAUUGAGAAUAAUCUUUCUUAAAAAAUAUAUAUGCACUUUAGAUAUAUUGAUAUAGUUUGAGAAACUUUAUUAAAGUUAGUCAAGUGCCUGAGUUUUUAAUAUUGGACUUGAGUAUUUAUAUAUUGUGCAUCAACUCUGUUGGAUAUGAGAACACUGUAGGAGUGGACGAUCUGUUCUAGCACCUUUGAGCAUUUACUUUAUGGAGAGUAUGUAAGUUAUUUAUACACAAGGAAAUCUAUUUUAUGUCAUUGUUUAGAAGAAUUGCGUGAAAUCAUGUAGUUGCAAAUAAAAAGUAGUUUGAGGCAUGACAA